UAGACAGACAUGCUGAGUCGUAGUCGACGGAAUUUCUUCGUGUCUCAACCAAUUUUCGCGACCUGAACCCGAGCAAAAUGGAGCGCAAGUUCAAAGGUUACACGCGAAUAUGGCCGCUGCUGUUGCUGUACGUCUACCUCCUUCUCGUCGACGUCUCGUACCAAUCCUUGCACGAGACCCCCGCCAACGUCACCAACCCCAGCAUGUCGGCCACCAUCGAAGGCGACAUCAUCAUCGGCGGGCUCUUCCCCAUCCACAACAAGGGCGAGAAACUGUGCGGCACCAUCAACCCUGACCGCGGCAUCGAACGUUUGGAGGCGUUCUUGUUCACGGUGGACGAGAUUAACAACAGCACCACACUCCUGCCCGGCAUCACCAUCGGCGUCUCGGCCUUCGACACGUGCGGGGUCGAAACCUACGCGCUCGAACAGUCCCUGGAGUUUAUCCGCGGGUCCAUCAACUCCCUGGACACGACUGACUUCACCUGCAGCGAUGGUUCUAAAGCCACGGCGAAGAGUUCGCCAAAAGCGAUCGCCGGCGUGGUCGGCGCUUCAAUCAGUUCCGUGUCGACGCAGGUCGCAAAUUUGCUGCGCUUGUUUAAAAUUCCCCAGAUCAGCUACGCCUCCACCGCCGCUAUCCUAAACGACCGCGAACGUUUUGACUACUUCAUGCGUACGGUCCCCCCGGAUACUCUCCAAGCUAAAGCUAUGGUGGACAUUGUCGCAGAGUUCAACUGGACAUACGUGUCUGUUGUCCACUCGGCCGGGGAGUAUGGUGAAUCUGGGAUCAAUUUCUUCAAAAUGGAAGCCAAGUCCAAAAACAUUUGCAUCGCCGCCGACAUCACCAUCGGCGCAUCAUCCACCAACGCGACCUACGACCAGGUCAUCAAAGACCUCCUCGACAAACCCGACGCAAAAGUUGUUAUUGUGAUCGUGCGCACGGAAGACGCGCUUGGCCUGCUGAAUGCGGCCACGCGGCAAAACCUAACCGGCAAACUGGUUUGGGUGGCCAGCGACGCUUGGGGGAACCGGUUAGCACCGGUGAAAUACAACGCUCUGGCAGCCCAAGGGGCGAUAACUUUAGAACUUCAAUCAACCCCGAUUCAGAAAUUUGAGGAGUAUUUCUUAAACUUGAACCCACGAACUAACCGGCGCAACCCGUGGUUCCUGGAGUACUACGAGGAAGAACACAAGUGCGAUUGGAACGAACACACCAAAACUCAGGCCAAAAGACAGACUCACACCCCCAUCAAACCGUGCAAGGGGGACGAGCGGCUGAACCGGAAGCUGACGUCACAAGAGAGUAAGACCCAGUUCAUCUACGACGCCGUGUACGCCUUCGCCCGCGCCCUCGACAACAUGCACAAGGAUCUGUGCGGCGGCCGGCGCGGGAUGUGCGCCCAAAUGGAGAAGAUAAACGGAGAGAAGCUGCUCAACAACUACCUGAAGAACCUCUCCUUUGACAACGGCCACGGAGCAACAGUCCAGUUCGACAAGUUCGGCAACGCCCCCGGCAGGUACAUGGUCAUGAACUUCCAGAGGAACCGCACCACGCGCGAGUACGAGUACCGCGUGGUCGGCACGUGGCACAACGGCCUCAGCGUGAACCAAUCGGAUAUCAUCUGGGCCGGGGACACCAAGGACAUCCCAAGGUCACGCUGCAGCGAGCCGUGCAACGAGGGGGAGAUAAAAAACAUGCAGAAGGGCGAGCCGUGCUGCUGGCUGUGCACACGCUGCAACCCGUGGGAGUACAUCAAGGACGAGAAGACGUGCGAGAAGUGCGAGGCCGGCAUGUGGCCGUACCCCAACAAGACGGGCUGCUUCAGCCUGGAGGUGCAGUACAUGUCCUGGAACAGCCUGCACGCCGUCAUCCCCAUGGUGCUGGCUACCGUGGGCAUCAUCUGCACCCUCUUCGUCAUCAGCCUCUUCGUCAUGUUCAACAACACCCCCGUGGUCAUGGCCUCGGGGCGGGAGCUCAGCUAUAUGCUGCUCGGGGGGUGCGUCUUCUGUUACCUCAUGACCUUCAUCAUCGUCGCCCCGCCCUCCACCAUCAUGUGCGCCGUCCAGCGGUUCGGGGUGGGGUUUGGGUUCAGCGUGAUAUACUCAUCUUUACUCAUAAAAACAAACCGAAUAUCUAGAAUAUUCGAGAGUGCUAGACGCUCGGCCAAAAGACCGCCCUUCAUUAGUCCAAAGUCUCAAAUUGUAAUGACUUUUAUUCUUAUACUCAUCCAGGUGCUGUUUACGUUUGUCUGGCUUCUCCUGGAGCCCCCGGGCACACGCCUUGUGUACCCCGACACCCGGGAGCCGGUGGUCAUCCGGAAAUGCCAGAGCGACGACAUCUCGUUCCUGAUCUCGCUUGUCUACAACAUGUUGCUGAUCAUCAUCUGCACCGUGUACGCCGUCAAGACGAGGAAAAUUCCAGAAAACUUCAACGAAUCAAAAUUCAUCGGCUUCUCCAUGUACACCACCUGCAUCAUCUGGCUAGCCUUUGUGCCUAUCUAUUUUGGUACCUUACAUUCGUUUAGGAUCCAAAUCACCACGCUGUGUGUCUCCAUCAGCCUAAGCGCCAGUGUGGCUCUCCUGUGCCUCUUUCUGCCCAAGGUCUACAUCAUCGUCUUCCAGCCACAGAAGAAUGUCCGGAAGUUGACCAUGAACUCUGCCAGUUACAAGAUGGCGCCCACAGCCUCGACCAACACGGGGAAUAACCAUAGUAGCGCCCCGAGCUCCGAGCACCUGAGGCUGAACAUCCAACCCCGGGCAGCCGUCGCCGGCACGACGACAGAGACGGAGACGGACGACCGGGACAGUCUGGCAUCGCUGUGA